CUCCUUCCCUCUGGUCUUCUGCCUUGGGCCGUAAAAGCUUGUGGACCAUUCACUUCUGGGGGGAACCCGCGACGAGGCUUCUGUAUCACACGCGAAUAUAGCAGGGCAGCCGAGUAUGGGGUUGUUUCAGAAACGACGGAAGCAUGGCCUCUCCUGUCAGAAGCAGAGUCGUGCUGCAGCGGGAAGCACUGAGUGUAGUCAUCCUCCUUACGGGGGGCCACAUCUACCACAUCCGACCCGGCCGCCUCCUCACGCAGACGGACUACGAUUCUUUAGUGAACGCCCUUGUGCAGGAAAAUAUAUACUACCAACAGUUGCUGGCGGAGCAGCAAGAGCAGUUGUACGCAACGGCGUCGUAUCAAGCCAUUCAUUGCUCUCCGUUUUGGAGUGGGCCGGAACAUAACUGGCAAAGCGGGUCAACGUACGGCAACUAUUUUUAUUCGCCGGGCGCCUUCUGGCAGGUCGAUCAACAGGACUUUUUUCAGAAUGAGGAAUGGGCUUACUAA